AUGACGUCACUGCGGCGGUAACCAGAAAAGCCGAUCCUGUCCGGAGCGCUGAGUGAGGAGCCGGCCGGACCCAGCGCCCUCUCUCUCCCCGGCCUUGCUAUAUGGGAGGCGGGCUGUGCCGGCAGCGCAGCGCUCACACUCCGGAGAGCCGGGGGAAGCAGCAGCGGCCGGCCAGGGACUGCUUCCUCCGCGGGCCGUGCAUGCUCUGCUUCAUCGUACAGCACAGCCAGCGGGACCCCCGAGCUCCCUGCCGCCCCCGAGCUCCCAGCCCGGCCUCCCCCGAGCUCCCUGCCGCCCGCCUGCUGCUCCCCGGCCUGCUGUGCCCAGGGCUGCUCAGGGGCCCCGGCCUGCUGUGCCCAGUGUCCCCCCCGCAGGCAGACAUGGUGUGCAAGAGGAAGAACAGCGGCGAUGGGCCGCAGCGACCCUGCAAGCUCCCCCGCAGCGCCACGUCCGAGGAGCCCCCCGGCGUCCUGAGAGCUGAGGGCCAAGAUGGAGGUGUACCGGCCGCCACCGCUCGAGAUGGCUCGCAGGACGAAGACUGCCCGGCCGCACAGCCUCAAAACGCAGGCACCUCCGCAGGUCUUCUGCCUCGAGAGCAUGGCGCUACAGCUGUACGGUCGCAGGAGGAUGGCGCCCUGGCUGUACGGUCGCAGGAGGAUGGCGCCCUGGCUGUACGGUCGCAGGAGGAUGGCGCCCUGGCUGUACGGUCGCAGGAGGAUGGCGCCCUGGCUGUACGGUCGCAGGAGGAUGGCGCCCUGGCUGUACGGUCGCAGGAGGAUGGCGCCCUGGCUGUACGGUCGCAGGAGGAGGGCGCCCUGGCUGUACGGUCGCAGGAGGAUGGCGCCCUGGCUGUACGGUCGCAGGAGGAUGGCGCCCUGGCUGUACGGUCGCAGGAGGAUGGCGCCCUGGCUGUACGGUCGCAGGAGGAUGGCGCCCUGGCUGUACGGUCGCAGGAUGAAGAUUCUUUGGCUGUGCCGUACCAAACUUGCGACCCCUCAGCUGUACUCUCGACUUUACAGUCGCAAGACAUAAGCCCAUACACUGUUGAGCCCCAGUGCCGUAGGGUCCUAACCACACAGUCUCAGGAGAACUGCACCUCAGGGCCAGAGCUCAAGCCCCAGGACAGCUGCAUCCCAGAGCCUAAGCCCAAGACCCAGGAGGAGGAGACUGAUCAGUUUCAUAUUCACCAGUUGCCCUCAUCCAUUCUGCUUAAGGUGAGGCGGACUGUCGAGAACGUUAAGUCACUGCUCACACCAAAACCCCUUUUUACUUUUGGUGCGUUGGGAUGUGGGUAAUGGAAGGACAGCACCAAAUGCUACAUAGAAUGUCAUCUACAAACUGAAUAAAGAUGCAGCAUAUUUCCUCUCAAUAAGAGGGUUUGGGGGAACCUGCAAAACAAUUCCCGAAAUGGUCACAUUCUGUGAAGAGAAUAUAUUCCUUCUGAUGAUAUUAUUAUUUUUUUUUUUUUUUUUCAUUCUUGCACAAAAUCUCAUAAAGUGUGCCAUGAAAUUUGACUUUCAAAAAGUGAAUGCUCUUCAAGUGGAUGGUGUAGUAUGACAACCCACGAUACUCCAAUUGUUGCUUAGUCUCCUCACUAUUUCAACAUGAUUUGCAUAAUAGCCCUUAAUAUCUAUUGGGAUGAUACUCAAAUUUAGCUUCUGAAAGAACAGGGAGUAAUGUAUAAAGCAUCAGAUUCUAGCUAUGUAAUAAGGUGGUAGAAAGGAGUAGCCAUAAAAUUACUUUGCCUAAUAGGAAGAUUAACGCUGCAAGGUCACCCACAUAUUAACAAUUUAGUAUUACAUAAAGCUAGAAUCUUUUAUGAAAUACUCAUUAUGACUUUUGGAAUUUCAUCGAAAUUCCAACCCAGUCAAGAGAUAUACAGAGACAAAGUAGGCACUACUUUGUCUCUGUAUUUCUCCUCCACCUGACUUUCUUUGACACAAGAUGGAGUCUAAUAAUCAAUUUUCGCACCAGCUGUCAGCUGCAGGGAAUUGGCUGUAUGGAAUUGACCUCCAUACUUGUGCCAGAGUACAGCAGUUAUGAUGGUGCCAAAGAGGACCAAGAUGGCAGUACCUGUGAGGGACAAGUUCAGGUAAGUCAACUUACCUUUACUUGCUCCCCCAGCCAAUGGACCACCAGCGGCACGGUCACCACCGGGGGACUUUACGAAUUUGGCAAAGCCCCCAAAUGGUGACAGAGCCACUUUAAAGAAUUACUCCUAGCACUAUGACCACUUCAUUUUGCUGCACAUACAGAAUUAAUGAACUUUGCUGUUGGAGGAGUAACCAAGUAUGGUAGUAUGAAAAGCAGGCAUGGAAGAGAGUUGUGGGCUGGCUAAUGUUACAUUUGUGCAUGCAAGGUAGCCGUUCUUCAGCAUGCAUAGCAUGCUGGUGACAGACGAACAAUGGCUGCUUUGAUUGUUCUCUUGGAUGUCCCUCCCUCUGCAGUGAGGAGGACUAAGCUUCUGGGAGAACUUGUCCUCAGUGUGGUUUCUAAAUUUAGUGUACCCUUUAAAUAGACAUGGGUAGGUGUUACCAUACCAACAAGGCAUUGAAGCCUGCCCCUUUACACUUGAACACACUAUAACAUAUAGAGUUUAUUUAUUUUUAAAGGACUCUGCAAGCACUGUAAUCACUCAUAGCAAUGGUUAUGCUGCUGAUUAACUGUCCUUGACAGCUUAUAUUUUAUUACCCCACUUUCUUUGUAUAGGGAAUUUUUGCUUCCUCCUCAAACUAUCUAAACAAAUGGACAUGGCCAUAUGAGCACUUCUUUUACAGAUUUGAUGUGUACAUUUUCCAGGACAGCUCUGGCAGAAAGACUGACGUGCUUACACAUUCCAAAUGCUUAGAUGGCUUCAAUGGGGAAGUGAUGCUGGUAGUGUUCAAUGCAGGUGCCAAUGAUAAACAAAAAAAAUCUUACAGAUCGCAAGGAUAUGAAAGAUAAGAGUUUGGGUAUUGUUUCCCAGCACCAUAUCACCUACAGUACUCUUUUGUGGUUAUAACCUUUGGAUUGUCUUUUAAUAUACAUUUUCGUUUUGCAGUCCAGGUUUGAACGAUAGAUGUAGCAGUAAAAACUUGAAACCGUGUAUUUAGAAUUCCAAUCCAUCAACAUAUGGUCCUGUGGAAUACUACGACAUUUACAUGCACACUUAUACUAUAGCAGUAAGGUGCAUGAGCAAGUAUGUCAUGUUAAAGGUUCUGUUAGGGCACCAUAACAACCUAAUCAAAGUUCAGUUGUUAUGGUGCAAACCGGUCCCUGUUGAUUACUUACUUGUAGGAGUUAAACCGUUAACAACUGGUCCAACACCAAAGUUGGCUCUUCAGCGUUUUCAUUAACAUCCGGUUUCUGAAAUUCAGCUAGAGAAAGCAUGGUGGGCAGAGGCAUCUUUUAUUUUAAUUUUAUUUAUUAUAAAUUAAAUGCUUAUGGAUGGAAUAAAAUAUCUAAAGAUAGGUUCCUUCACCCUUCCCUGCUUAAUUGAACUUAUGUCUGCAGAUAACAUGAACUUUUUCAAAGCAAACUUGUUACAAAAUAAACAUAAAAAGUUCUGAAUAAAAAGUAAUCCAGUGGUUAUUCUGCAAAUCAGUGUACACACAUUGCCAUAGGUAGAGGAACCCUAUAAUGUUGGUGUUCUUAAAGUAAAUCUCCAAACAUAUAUGUGAUCUGGAGAUAGUUUAUGUCCAAUAAUUUCAUCAUUAUCUAAUGAUAUAUAGCAAAAUUUGUUCUGAUAUAACUGUUAAACUGAUCUGAAAACUGGUUGCACCGACUAGUGAUUUAAAUCAAAUCCACUCUGCUGCUAUAAAAUUUGUCGUCCGGUCAUUAAUUGCAUGAUUUAACAUUUUAUUUAGAAGUAGAAUAUUUAUGUGCAGCAGUUUGCUAUUCUUUGUACAGAUUUGUGGAGUUCAAGCCUUUACCUUAAAUGGGUUAACUUAAAUUAUCAGUAUAACGAUUUAACUUUUGCUUUUCUUACUCUGUUUUAACUGGCUGCAAUGAAACUAGACGCACUAAUAACUAGUCUUAUGGCAGGAUUGUCAUACAAAAUCGCAAGGUCUCUCAGAUCUUUCAUUGCCAGGAAAGAGCCAGAGACUUAAUUCGGUAAACGGUGUAAUAGAAAAAAAGGACCAUUAAACAACAUUAUCACCACAUCUCUUGAAUCUACACCUCUGAAUAACACAUUGAAGAUGACCAGAUGUGACACAAUUUCUGUGAAAUUACUGAAAUGGCUUGAUUGAAAAUAGGACAACUCUUCUUGCAUCAUAACCAAAACACUAAGUCCUAUUGAUUACUGUGCUUCCAGUCUCUUUAAUACCAAUGAAAAGGGGCCCCAUGUGUCUCAUAGUGGCCAUGAAUGGCUUAAGCCCCUAUUCAUUUCCACAUCCCAGAUGGUAGCAUGCAGUGGUUAAGGUGCAGUUUGCAUGGAUACCGUGGGUGAGGUGGUUAAAUGAAUUUGGCAGGUAUUUUCCUGGGCUUCCCUAAUGUGGUGUGCUGUGGGUAAUAAGUUAACCCCUUAAGGACACGACGGAAAUAUUCUGUCAUGAUUCCCUUUUAUUCCAGAAGUUGUGUCCUUAAGGGGUUAAUACUUCCAGAAGUCAAUACUACCCCAAAAAAAGCAGGAGCAGUGGUUAGUUCAAUGGAUGUCAGCUUGCUUGUCUGCCUCCUCUUCAUUGAUAUAUAACCUCUGCUGCAAAUGUAAAUGCCAAAAGGGUACCAAGCACACUGGCAAUAAUCUAUCCAAACCAAGGGACAUUACCAGGGCAUAUUCAACCAUUCUGACACAAAAUGAAAAAAAAAUCAUACCUACCUUUCCCUCUCUCCCUAAUUGUAAGUGGCCUCUAACUACCCUGUGUACUUGCAAAAUAAAAUAAUACCAAACUGAUAAACGAAGCACAAUAAUUUGUUUUGCCAGCUAGACAGGCAUGCUUUGUAUUGUAAAAUAGAUAAAAAUUCCUUAAUGCCACCUCCACUUUAAAAGGUCUAAAUGCAAAAAUGACAUCCUUCAAGCUCGAAGCUUAAAUGCAAAAAAUAUAUAUUGGCCUUAACGUACGAUUCACAUUCAUUCAUGGAUCAAUGUGACGUUAUUGGUAGAGGGGUAUUUAUUGUGUCUCUUGGUGUCUUGGCAUUAUUCUUGCAUUAUGCCUGAGUGGUGUACUGAAUCAGCUAAAGAGCGUUAGUGUUGGUUAAGCUAUAUUGAUUCAACUGUCUUUAUUUAUUUAUUUAUUUUAAGGAGUCUUUCUAAAUUACUUUUUUUUUUUUUUUCCUAAAUUCUUAAUUUCGAUGUUUACAAAGAUUUUCACCAUUUGAGUGCGUAAACUAAAGAACAUGGUUGGACUGGGUUGCGUAUACUCGGCAAGAAUGCAGUAGUGCUGCAUUGAUUGCUGUAAGGCCUUAUAUGUUAAAGACCUGUUAAGUUGCCACAAAAAUUUCCCUGUGUAAGACAAAGAUAUUCAAAAUAAAAAUGUUUUUAACAAAACAAGUGAAGAGAAAGGUGGUCACUCUCAGUUUAAUGUGGCACGUAAACUAAUUAAAUGAAACUUAUGCUUUUGAUUCUAGUUAAAGGAUGUCACCUCAAAAUUGUAAUAUAAUAAUGUUUUGAAUGAAACUUAAUCAAGUUUUUUGAAGUAAAUGUAAAAGAAGAAAUAGAAAAACUAAACUUUACCUUUUUGUAUAUGACAGGAUCCUUCAGCCAUGUACAUGCACCUUUGGUCAUACAGUGUUUGAAACCCAACUGUUAUGGUCUCUAUUACACCAUAGAGACUGUCGUUUUUCAAAUAAAUGCUGCCCAAUGGUCCAUGUAUAUGGCUUAAGGAUCCUGUCCUAUACUAAAGGUAUGGAUGAUUUAUUUUUUAUUUUUUUUAACAUAUAUUUAACAACAAAAAAGUGUGUGUAUAUAUUUAUUGAAUGCAACUUGAAGCAAGGAUUAUAUUGAAAGUUUGAGGAGACCGUUGUCCUUCAACAAAUUUGAAUUCUAGUUAAAUAACACUUUCAAAUUUCUCUUUUACAGAUAUUUUCUAACUUAUCCCUGAUCGAGCGCUGUCUGUCCGCAUCACUUGUCUGCAAAUAUUGGCGUGACCUGUGCUUAGACUUUCAGUUCUGGAGGCAGCUGGAUCUCAGUGGUCGGCAGCAGGUACUCAAGAUUAUAAUUGCAAAUUUAUCAGAUAUAGAAACGAAUCAAAGGGAAUAUGAGGACAAAUUAUCAAAGGACAGUCAUUUUGAAUUGUUUCUGUGA